UAGCCCUUCAGCCGUAAACAGCGCGCGCAGUUCAUCAACCGAGACCACAGGCAUGAAGUCGUAAUGGACGGUGUAUUUCAUACGCUUCGGACAUCAGCUUUAUUCUUUCAAUGAACUGUGGUGGACUUGGUUAUGGACACGCAUGCCGCUAAUUGGUUGCAAACUGCUUUUGAAUUCGUCGUUCGUUCUUUUAAUUUUUCUGAAGAUUUGAUUUAGGUGCAACAAAAGUAGUGUUUACUACGGGAGGCAUAAUGCAGCAAGAAUCAAUUAACAUACUAUCUACACUUGAAAUGAAAAUGCGCCUUAACAUAUUUGCGUAAUACGUGGAGAAAAUAAAGCAAGACAAUGGAGACGUUUACCACCCAUGAUAUGCUCAUAAAUACCACCGAUAUUUAUAAAAUAUUAUGUGGACUUGGAAUUGGGAACGUCUCAGAAUGUGAACCUGACGCCCCUCCGGAACCAAAAGACAUGAACCAGGCCGUGCGGAUUGCUCUGUACAGCAUCAUCUUCCUCCUGAGCAUCUUUGGCAACAGCCUCAUCAUCGCCGUGCUGGUGAGGAACCGGCGGAUGCGCACCGUCACCAACCUCUUCCUCCUGUCGCUGGCCGCCAGUGACCUGAUGCUCUGCCUCUUCUGCAUGCCCUUCACCCUCAUCCCCAACCUCAUGAAGGACUUCGUCUUUGGCAGCGCCAUCUGCAAAGGGGCCAUGUACUUUAUGGGGAUCUCGGUGAGUGUGUCGACCUUUAACCUGGUAGCCAUCUCGCUGGAGCGCUACAGCGCCAUCUGCAACCCACUCACCUCGCGCGCCUGGCAGACCAAGUCGCAUGCCGCCAAGGUGAUCAGCGCCACCUGGGUGCUGUCCCUCCUGCUCAUGCUGCCCUACCCCAUCUCCAGCACGCUGGUGCCCUUCACCCGCGUCAACAACAGCACUGGCAACAUGUGUCGCCUCAUGUGGCAUAGCGAUGCCAUCCAGCAGUCCUGGUAUGUGUUUCUGCUGCUGAUUCUCUUCCUGCUCCCGGGGAUAGUGAUGACAUUGGCCUACGGCCUGAUUUCUCUGGAGCUGUACAGAGGAAUCAAGUUUGAGAUGGACAACAGGAAGGCAAACAGGGAAAGGGAGAGCAGCACGGGGAGCCUGAAGCCUGCCGAUUUUGAUGGCUGCUACUUCCAGCCCUCCAAGAAGCGUCGCUCCGACCAGCAGUAGCAGCGCUGCUGCGGGCGGUGGGGUGGGGGUGGUGGUGGCAGCGGCGGCGGGGGCAAGGCCAAGGUGAGCCGCGUGUGCAGCAGCAACCCCACGGCCAACCUGCUGGCCAAGAAGCGCGUCAUUCGCAUGCUCCUGGUCAUCGUGGUGCUCUUCUUCCUCUGUUGGAUGCCCGUGUUCACGGUCAACGCGUGGCGCGCCUUCGACCGCCGCUCGGCCGACCGCCUGCUCUCGGGGCCAAUCUCGUUCAUCCACCUGCUGUCGUACACGUCUGCCUGCGUCAACCCCAUCAUCUACUGCUUCAUGAACAAACGCUUCCGCCAGGGAUUCCUCACUACCUUCAGUUGCGGCACGGGCCGAGGAGGAAGAGCAGGAGGAGGAGCGGCGAGCGAGCGCACCGGUAGCCGGCGUAGUGUCCUGACCAUGACGGGUGGUGUCGGAGGACGAGGAGGCGGAGGUGGAGGAGGGACGGACGAUAACGGCCACGCACAGUCAAGUGGCAGGGGCUCGCUGACGCGCUUCAGCUACACCAGCAUCCGAGGCUCUGCCCAGGCCUGAGCCUGUCCAACUGCAGUCCACCUUUACAAACACCAGACCACCCCACCAGAACCCCAUCCAACACCCCCCCCCCCCCACACAC